AUGAAUGAGUGUACUCCAUCGACUAGUUCUGAGUCGACUAAGAGUCCACCUGAGUCGAAAUUGUUGGAUUCAUCCGAAGAGGAGUUAAAUAAAAAGUAUAAUGAAUCUUCAACAUUUGCAUUAAAUGACCCUGGACAUGGUAUCAACGCUAUCGAUAUCACGGGCUUGUCUUUAAGAGGCCAUGAUGAAAAAGAAAACUCUUUUAACAGAGGUAAUUUGUUAGAACUAUUGACAUUAAGGGCAAAAGACAAAAAAGAAACAUACGAAGGUUUGCUUAAGUCAAAACUUAAUUACACCAGUGCUCGAACACAAAAUGAAAUUAUUGGGAUCAUUAAAACCAAAAUUAUUCAAGACAUUGUUGAAGAAAUCAACACAUCCUCGUCAUUUUCCUUAAUUUGUGACGAAACAACCGACAUAGCCACUAAGGAGCAACUAUCUAUUUGUGUACGAUACCCCUUUCAAACCAAUAAUAAAGACUUUAAAAUAAAAGAGCGAUUUUUAGGAUUUGUGGAUGUAAAGGAUACACUUGCUACAACAUUGUUUUCAACCAUCAAAGAAUACCUUGAAAACACAGGUAUUGAUUUGAAGAAAAUGCGAGGCCAAGCUUACGAUGGUGCCUCAAAUAUGAGUGGCAAAUUUAAUGGCGUCUCAGCCAAGUUUAAAUCAAUUGAACCGAGAGCAAUAUAUACUCAUUGUCAUGCUCACUUAUUAGAUUUGGCUAUUGAAAAUAUAAAUAUAUCAAAUUAUGUGGCUGCUAUUCAACAUAAAGCGAAUGAAAAUGUUCAGCCAUACCUGAUUAUGGUCAAUGGUCAAGGUCGUCAUCAUAUUUUUAUCCAGGGGGACGAGUGGAAUUGA